UACCGAAAGACGAGGUGGGCGGGGAAAAUGGAAGGCGGCGGAGGCAUAGAGGAGGAAGGCCUAGAGCGUCUCAUCCGACCCCUGAGGAAUGUGGCUUCCUCCGAGAGGUUUUGUUCUGCUGGGAAGCUGAAGACUCUACCCUGAAAGAGUGGCUAAUCUAUUGUCUAUUGCCUUCUCUGCUGCAUCGAAAAUACAAUGACUUGAUCACAACACAGUCCAGCAGUGUAAUAAAAAGGUUCAUUCCUUUGACAGUCUUCCAGUUCCAAGAGUGUUGUAAAUAGGGGCUGUAUAAAGUGUCUUCAGUAUGUUGUUGCCCUCAACCAAAAUGCAGAAAUCACUUCAGCUGGCAUAUAGGACAUCUUUGAUAUCCCAUCCCACUUGUAUGUUUCCAUUCUUAAAAGGACAACCUUCCUUUCUUAUUAAAAGACGGAAAAUGGUUUCAGUGCCGCUGCAGGACCAGCGCCAAUGCCUUCAUGUGUCUGCUGCUGUUUGUGUUUCCAAGGAGCGGGAAUUUUUGGACAAGGUGCCACCACAACCAGAAAACUCUCACACUAAAGAACUAAAGAGAGAGACUCCUGCCACACCAACUGAAAACUUAGUCCAAGAUGCACCUGUAGAACCUAUUUCUGUGGAGCUUGAUCCCUUACAAGAUAAAUCAAUUAGCCUUGUACAGAGAUUCAAAAAAACCUUUAAACAAUAUGGCAAAGUUUUAAUUCCAGUCCAUCUUCUGACUUCCAGCCUAUGGUUUGGAGCCUUUUACUAUGCAGCUUUAAAAGGAAUAAAUGUCGUUCCCUUCCUCGAAUUCAUAGGGUUGCCUGAAAGCAUUGUAAAUAUCCUGAAGCAUUCUCAGAGUGGAAAUGCAUUAACUGCAUAUGCAAUGUACAAGAUUGCAACUCCAGCCAGAUACACAGUGACAUUAGGAGGGACAUCUAUCACUGUGAAGUAUCUCCGGAGGCAAGGCCACAUGUCCACACCACCUCCAGUCAAGGACUAUAUCCAGGACCGAAUGGAAGAAACAAAAGAGCGACUGUCAGGGAAAAUGGAAGAAACCAGAGACAGGAUUAGUGGCAAAAUGGAAGAAACAAAAGAGCGCCUAACUGGGAAGAUGGAAGAAACAAAAGAGAAAAUUACAGAAAAGAUACAAGAAACCAAAGAUAAGGUUUCAUUUAUAAAAAAGAAAGAAUAGGAAAAUGAGAGGUCAUAAAUGGUGGAACCUAAGCACUCUUAACCUUCUUCUGAAAAUCUGAAGUAUAUGCACAUGCUGCUUUUUUCUGCUUUGUGUUAAUUAUUUUGAUUGGCUGCAAGCUGCCAGUAAUCUAAAAACUCUAGUUGUAACAUACAGGGUUACACUUGCCUUCUAUUUUCUAACAAUAGGAUGUGGAUAUUACAACCAAAACAGCUUUUGAUAGAAACAAACCCCAGAAUGGUAUGCCUUGACAUCAGUCGCAUCUAGUUCUAUAUGGAUAAAGAAAUUAGGAAGUCUACAGAGCUGCUUAAGCUAACUCUGGUUCUCAUCAUCCACUGUCUUGGAAGCAAUGUACCAAAAACUGUUGGGUUAAAUAUACAAUGUUUGAUUUGGUGUCAGAAUUUAAUAACUUCAACUUAAUAAUGUGCUCUUCCUAAAAUAUUAUAAAACAUCUAUUCCUAUAAUCUAUUAACUUCUAUAAAAGGUUGACUUAAAAUGAUAUUUGGGAGAGAUUAAAUAAAAUAGUACUGAACUUGAUUGCAUAUGUAUAGGCAAAAUUGGUACUAUUUCAUCAAUGAUUAGGCUAAAAUGAGUCUUGAACUUCAUACUCCCACCAAUAAAGUUUUUUUAAGAGAUAAAUAAAUCACUCUCUUAGCUUCUGGAACAGCUGUUUACAUUUCCAUAGCAAUAUAGAAAGGGAAAACUAAAUGCUGCUAGAAUCUUAGAAUAUUCCCACUGGACACAACAUGUAUGCAUUAGUAUGCUCACAAGUACUGUGGAAUAUUCUCACUCCUUUUCUGGGCAGAAUCCAGAGGCUAUUUCACAUGGUUUUGUUGAUGCUGUUGUUACAGCAGCUCUGCCUAAAUCAGUACAGGGCAUUUCAGUUCUCUGUGUAAAAAAUGUAAUGGGACUGCUACUUGGGGGAGGGGGUUUGAAACUCCUGGUGCACCAAUGUUGCCCUUUCUGCAUAUACAACUGCUACUGUUCUCAUUUGAUGCAAAAGUGCUUUGGUAUAGAGGUUGCAACUUAAAGCAGCUUGCCCAUCCUGUGGUCCAGCUACCUUAAACUAUUAUGAAAAGAAAUGUAUAUUUUUACGUUUUUCGGCUUCCUUCCUAUCAAGUCAUAGCAAAAGCUCUGCUAUUUAUUAAUGUCACAUUAAUAGAGAAGGAGUAAGAAAGCUGUUGCUAAAGUGAUGGAGAGCUGAGAGAAAAUUCCCAAGUUCAGUAGCAAAAUUUGGGGCAGCUGACUGCAUUUUUCUUUGGAAUAAUGUAAAAGAAGUGCUUUCCCCAAAUAAAAAUCUUUCAUAGUAAUUAAUGCUAUUUCUCAGAGUUAGCUACACUAUAUUAGAGCCAACCAUCAUCUUUCAAGCCCCUUUUCAAAACUUGAAAAAGCCAGUGGAAACAUCCAAUAUGGAAUAGCAGACGCUCAUGUUUACAUGGCAAUUCAUCCAGUAAUCUCAAUUACUUUGUCUUAAAUCCUGUUUGUCCUGAUUGGAGUAGACCCAUUGACUCGAUGAGUUUUACCUAUGUUUUGACUCAUCAGUCAACAGUUUAUUAAAUGUGUCUAUUGGGAGUGACCAAAGGAUACCAGCCCUUACUUCUUGCCUCAAACACAAUCUCACUGUCAUUGACACUGUGGUCUGUAGUCUACAUGUCAUUUCACUUGAAACAUUGUAUGCUUUCUUGUGGACAGCUUCUCUUUUCACUGCCUGUUCAUGCUGGCAUGUCUAUAGUAAUAAUAAGCAUAGAGGUACUCAGCCUACCUGUAAGUGCUCUUUCUCUUUAAUCAGAAGGAAGCUUGGUAGCUUGUACCAUCUUGAUAAGGUAGGGAGAAUUUUUUUUCAUAUAUUGGGUAAAAAGGUAUGGUAAAAUAGUAAUCUGCAUACAAAUUGAAUAGGAAUGCUUUAUUUACAGAAAUGUAGGUAGAUUAAAGAAGUCUGUAAUAUUUGCCUCUUUCCCCCUUGUAUUUGAGAAGAAAGCUUUAAACAAAAUAUUGGAAGAGUUGAAAUAAUACAUUAUAAGCACCUGGCAGUCCAUGUUCUGUUAAUUGUAUUGGUCACAAGUGUCACUUUGCUUUGUCCUACUUUCUCACUUGCCUCUUACACAAAAAGGCUCAGAGAUUACAGUAUUUGAUGUGUAAUCAAAUUACUGUGCCAGCAUUUGAUGUGCAGUGGUUUACCUCAUGAUUUAUUUGGGAAUAGCCAUUGGUUUGGCUAUGUAGGCCAGUUAUAAGGCUCAGUGAGUAGUGGAUAGUAUGUUUUAAGGAGUGGUGCCCAGCCUUGUUGGCCUAGCAGGCAGUUUACACCUGCUUCAGUGGGGAAUCCUGAAUGGCGGAGAGGUUUAAACAAAUCUGCUUUUGAAACUACCUUAAAGAUAAUCACUAUAAAAGGGCACAAAAAGGCAAAGGGAAUACAAGAAAAUGAAGAGCCCUGUCCAAAAGUAAAUUGUGGACAAGCAGCCUUUGGAUUUUCUAGAAGGAUCAAGUCAGAAAGUUGUGCUGGCAGAUGGUAACUGGAAAGAUCUUAACAUCUACUCUAGUGUAGAGCCUACCUCUGUUGAUUUUAAAUAAAAAGUAAACACUAAAAUGCUAUGGAAGAUGUACUGUGGAGACUACAACCUAGAAAUAAAUGCCAAAAUAGCUUUCCUUUGUGUGUGCAUGCAUGUUCAGACUACUUUUAAAAGAAUGUACAGUAUUCUGACAAAACCAGUAUAUUUAAAAUGAAAUAAUUUCCUCUGCAGUAUCUGUUCUUUGUUCUAGUAGUAACACCAGGAUUUGUUUUUUUAGAGAAGAUAAUGUCAGACUGGCAUAAGUGGAAGCAGUAUCAGCCUGCUGCUUGCUGCACAACCACCACCAUUUAUUUCAAUGAGGCAUUCUCUGCUCUCUGCAGCAGACACACUGAAUGGAGAUGUCAAGGUGGCUAGAGGAAUGUCCUCUUUCAGCCACUGCCAAUUCAUUCCUUAAUGAGUUUGCCUUUUUUUUUUUCUUAUGUCUGCUACAAAUGGAUCUUGCUGGAAUUAAUACUGCAAGCAACAUUAUUAAAAUACUCAUGCAAAACUG